AAUGUCGACCCAGAGUUACAUCGUCGUAUUCAAGGAUGGCGUCACCUCCGACCAGAUUUCUGAAUACGUGAAGAACCUUGGCGAGAACGGAGGCACGGUGAAGAUUCGCUAUGAUCAGGACGGAGGCAUCCUCAAGGGUUUUGCUGGAAGCAUUCCUGAUUCGUAUUUCUCGAACUUCCAAAGCUUGACUGGGGACGUCAUCGCAUACAUCGAACCCGAUGGUGUCGUUACCACCCAGUG